CCAGACGUUCGACCGUUCAUGACGCAUAUUGCUCUUUAAGUAGCUGUUGAAGUACAUAUUACUGAUUAUAAUAUCGUUAUUUAGUGGUUCAAGUGCUAAAAACCGGACCUACCAAACAAGAGUACAUCGCCAGGAAAGUUGAAACAUGAUGUCAACACCAAACGAUAAAAACGAUGAUGAUAAUCAGAAAACGAUGAACAAAACUGCUGAACAAGAGGAAGUCAUGGAAAUUGACGGGAAAGCUGAAAAUGCCAAACCGGGUGAGGAGGAACAACUCGAGCGCUACGAUGAUGACGAAGAUUGUGGAGAUAAUGUAACCCUUGACCGGGUUCUCGAAUAUUACACCCGCAGAGCAGCAAAUGCCGCUGAUCCAGAAAUUAUACUGUAUGCAGUAAACUUGGGAGGUGUAGAGCACACCUUUUUUGUGGAUGCGGUUAAGGUUUACCCAGAUCCAAAUCCCGUUGAACUUGAGGAUGAUGACCAUGAAGAAACACCAGAAGAAAUAAGUUUCAAGAAGAUGAUAACCACCGCCGUCGAUGAGUACAUGAAAAGUGAGGAAUUCAAACCAGUGCUGCAAUUAGCACACGAACAACUGUUCAUCGAUUGGUGCACCUCGCGUCAAAUCAUGACUCACAGGGGCAACGACCUUUAAACACACAACAAACUUCCAGCCGUUGGGAAUUAGCUGUCGCAUUUUUUAAAGCUUGUAGUGGUUCCAUAGGGCGCAUAUUUAUAUUAAUAUAAUGGUAUCCCUCCUUUUUCUGUUCCUUAACUUACGUUAGUUACAUAAACUGUAUAUUAUUAUGUUAUUUUAGU